AUGAAUCGAAAAGAACGGUCAAGGGCCGAAAUGGCUCUGCUCGUUGGCUCCGGAUUCUAUUACACUUGUGAUCACUGGACUCGUGUUUUGUUACCAUUCUUUCAAUGGCAACUCCUUCCACCAGGCAAUUUCCAAAUUGUGGUGAUGGUUACAGCCAUCGGGGCCAUUUCUACCGGAAUCGGCAGCUUCAUUGUGGGUCAUAUGAUCGAACUGCUUGGAAUUCGAAAAACCGCAAUCAUCAUUACUUUGAUAACGGCUUUGUAUCAAGUCCUUAUUACGAAAGUCAGUGGAAUCUACGUUUUUAUUGCAUUGCAAUCGCUUUUGUUCUUCAACAAUCUUCCCGUAGUUAUCGAUGCUCUCGUAUGCCAGAUGGAAGGCGAAGAUGGUGAUGACAAGAAAAGAUCUCUUCUCAUCUCACGGCUAACAAUUCCACAAAGUAUCGCCUAUGCUCUCGGACCAUAUCUAGCUCUUCAAACCCUAUUCAUCAUCACCGCCUUUAUUCAUGUGUCUCAAUACAUUUGUGUGGCGCUUCAUCUUUUGACCGUACUCCCAUUGAUCUUCAUGACUUUCCCCGAAAGAGAGGAUGACAAAAAGUUCAAACUUACACUGCCCUCUUUAACCGACUACUACGAAAUUAUGAAAAAUGAGAGAAUAUCACUUUGUUUGGGGCUUCUUUUUGCCGUGGUCGGACCAUAUCAAGCGUAUGAUCAAGUGAUUCGAGCACAACUCACUGGUGCAGUUGUUCGCGACCCAACAAGCAUCAUUUAUGUGAUUCUCUUGGGAUCAUUCACUGUUCUGACAGCUUCCUACAUUCAUUUGAGUUUCACCAGUGGAAAUGACUACUACAGAAUGCUUGGUGGACUUUGUAUUCAAGUCGCUUUUGUCGCUGUGGCUAUUGGAGAGCUUUCCUCACAAAUUCUUUCGACGGUUAGCAAGAAAAAUGCCGGAAAGGUGGCUGCCUUGUUACGAAGUGUUCAUUUACUCGGUGCUGGAAUGACGCCAUUGAUCGCGGGAGUUUUCAUCGAAGAACAUGAUUACGCAUUACUUUGUCAUUGCGGGGCUCUCAUUUCCAUCUUGGCUAUCCCAGUCGUUUACAAGUUUGGCAAAUUCAUGAAAAGUCAAUCCGCAUUCCUUCCAAUGACCGGCGUCUCCUUUCACAGUGUCCCCAAGCUCGAU